AUGUCUAAGUUGUCCAGCGUCGCUAAGACCUCCAUGUUGGCCGCCAGAGCAAACGUUGCCGGCGCUAUGAGAAUGGCCUCGGGCGCUUCCGGCCCAAAAACAAUGACCGUCAGAGAUGCCUUGAACACUGCCUUGGCAGAGGAAUUGGACAGAGAUGACGAUGUUUUCCUCAUGGGUGAGGAAGUUGCUCAAUACAAUGGUGCUUACAAGAUUUCCAAGGGCUUGCUCGACCGUUUCGGCGAGAGAAGAGUUAUUGACACCCCAAUUACUGAAAUGGGUUUCACUGGUGUCACCGUGGGUGCUGCUUUGGCAGGCUUGAAGCCAAUCUGUGAGUUCAUGACCUUCAACUUUGCUAUGCAAUCCAUUGACCAUAUCAUCAACUCUGCCGCCAAGACGUUGUACAUGUCCGGUGGUAUCCAGCCAUGUAACAUUACCUUCAGAGGUCCUAACGGUGCAGCUGCUGGUGUUGCUGCUCAACACUCGCAAUGUUACGCCGCAUGGUACGGUUCUAUCCCCGGUUUGAAGGUGCUUUCGCCUUACUCCGCCGAGGACUACAGAGGCUUGAUCAAGGCUGCUAUCAGAGACCCUAACCCAGUUGUGUUUUUGGAAAACGAAAUUCUUUACGGUGAAUCGUUUGAAGUGUCAGAGGAGGCCUUGUCGCCAGACUUUGUCCUUCCAAUUGGUAAGGCUAAGAUUGAAAGAGAAGGUGCUGACAUCACUUUGGUUGGUCACACCAGAUCGGUCAAGCACUGUCUUGACGCUGCCAAGCUCUUGGAAUCCCAGUACGGUGUUUCUGCUGAGGUUAUCAACUUGAGAUCCAUCAAACCUUUGGAUGUGCCAUGCAUUGUUGAAUCUGUUAAGAAGACCAAGCACUUGGUUACUGUUGAAGAAGGUUUCCCAGCCUUCGGUGUGGGUUCUGAAAUCUGUGCUCAAAUCAUGGAGUCUGAGGCAUUCGACUACUUGGAUGCGCCUGUUGAAAGAGUCACUGGUUGUGAAGUGCCUACUCCAUACGCUAAGGAGUUGGAAGACUUUGCCUUCCCUAACGAAGACAUUGUGUUGAGAGCGUCCAGAAAGGUGUUGGGCUUGUAA